GUUGGAUAUCCGAAGUUGGAAAUCCGAGGUUGGAUAUCUGAGGUUGGAAAUCUGAAGUUGGAUAUCCGAAGUUGGUUUUGAUAUUGGAUAUCUGAAGUUGGAAAUCUGAAGUUGGAUAUCCGAAGUUGGAUAUCUGAAGUUGGAAAUCCGAAGUUGGAUAUCCGAAGUUGGAUAUCCGAAGUUGGAUAUCCGAAGUUGGAUAUCCGAGGUUGGAUAUCCGAGGUUGGAAAUCUGAGGUUGGAUAUCUGAGGUUGGAAAUCUGACGAGGAUGGAGUCGGCGGUUCUCAAAUCCGUGCGGAGCUUCCGAACUUUUCUGCUUGGACUUUGUAAUGAAGAGAAGAAAGGAAAGUUAAAGGAUCCCGUGCUAUUUGAGGAUGAUGUUCAAGUGCACAUUGUAGAUGAAGUGAAUAAAAGUCCUUUGUGUGCAUUUUGGAAGGAGAAUGCAUCGGUGUUCAUAGCAGAAAAGGCACCACCUAAAGAGGAUGAAGCUGACAUGGACACCUCUGUAGAUAAUGAAACCAGCAAGGCAACAUCCAGCAAGUUAGAGGAUGUGAGCCCAUUGCCUCUUCCGAGUAUGAAAGCAAGACAGUUAGCUUCCUGGUACACAUUGGGGCAUAAUCUGCACCUGUCAGAAUUUAUCAAUGAUAGUGUACCUACUGCAUUACCUAUGCUAUGGGUUAGAUGUGACGGCUCUGAUCCCGAAGGCACUGUUUGGUUUGGAGCUGAACCUGUUAAAACUGGGAAGGACAUUACGUCAAUGGUUUUCCAUACCAUCACAUGCUCUGGACCAAUUGUUGACAAGAGCAGUUUCACAACCUUAGAAAAUUUGAAAAUUGCCCACAAGGACAGACAUCUUUGUUCUGCUGUAACAACCAAAGGCUAUGCACGCUAUGACUUGUUUGGUGCCUCCAUAUUGGAGAAUACCAUCACAGAGCCACAGAGUAGCAUUAUUGUGGAUUUAACUUGGAACACUGUGGUUAAGAUCCUAGAAGUACCCCCACUCACAUCGGUUGCCACCUUGAAUAUCAAAGUGGAGCCUGGAGAUCCGAGAAGUCCUGUGUUUCAAAUAUAUAAGGAGCUAGAAUUUCUCCUUGUUUUAGCAAAAGGAUUGAAAACAGGUGAAACUGAGUGGCCCGAGGUUCUGGAGGAAAAAACUGCAGUUGAAGCUGUGCAAGAGUUAAUCGAAGAUGUAAAGAACCAAAUCACAGUCUCUCAACAUCAGCCAGAGAGAACCAACAUAGAGAAAUUGAAAAGUGAUGAAGCAGCUGUAGAAUCAACCAUCCAUUCAUCAUUUGUACCUGAACGUGGAGAUCUUGAUUUUGCAGAGCAGCUCUGGACUAGAAUGAGGAAAACUGUUUCUUCGUACCAAGAUGUGGUAGAUUGCUUAACACUAGUUAUCAGGCACUUACAAAGCAAGGAUAUUCAACCAUGGAUUCAUCAGGGUAGCAACAGUUCUCUCAGCAAAUUAAUCCAGCAGUCUUACCGAAGCGCUAUGCCCACUGUCUCUGUUAAUGGAUUAGCUGCUAUCCGAAUGCUUCUGGAGUUAGGUCUGGACAAAUUGCGGAGGGAUUACAUUAACUAUUUUAUUGGUCAAGAACUCACCACUUUGAAUUACUUGGAUUACUUUAUAAAUUCCACUGUAAAUUUUGAAGACCAGAUUCUCCGUCUCCAAAAACUCCAUCACAUGCUUGAGCUGGUAGUGAGCUGCAAUGCUUUCCUCACCUUGAGCCACGAGAAUCUCUUUGCAUUGACACAGUCCUGCUCUAAGUACUACAAGGAUAAUCCACUGGAUGAACAUCAUGUUUUCCAGUUGCCAAUAAGACCCAUGGCCAUCAACGCUUUCUUUGAGAAUGAACAUCCCAUCAUGUGGAGAAUGGAGAUCAUCAGUGGCCACGGGCAGAAAGAAUUAAAGACAAUUUGGCAGUUGAAUACCAGGCCACCAGUGGACCAUAUGACAUUUACUAACCCAGAUCUGCCAAUUGACGAUAUAUCACUGAAUGCUGAUUACGAGGAGACAUUUUACUACAACACAGUGAUUAGGUGUAGUCAAGCACAUUCCAUGUAAAACAUUGCAGGAAAAAGGUUUGACUCAGGUCCACAAGACCAGCCUGUGAAGAGGUCAGCUACUCUCACACCUUCACUGCCUAUUCUGUCUUUAUAGGCACAUUCCAAUCCCAGUGGAAUUAAGUCCAGUGCCUGCUUAUUGGACCAGUCCCCGAUGAACGUUUACAUCCUGUUAACUCGGGCUCCUGGACCUAGCUCACAUCCCCCUGUUCCCUGUUUAAUACAGGUGACCCCUCCUGUGCUGGUGUCAUCAGUUUUCUUUAAUGUGAAGCUGUAUCGUCUAUGUAUCAAGCCAUGCUAGUUGGGAUGAAAAAAUGUUUACUGUAGUUAAUGUACUAUUUAUCAUUAGAUUUAGAUCUUAGAGAAGUUAUUCCAUAUCUCACAUUUUUCAUCAGCAAUUUGUGAAUUUUGUAAAGUGAAUUUCUAUUAUCAGUGAUAAUGCAGGGGUCACCUGUGUUCCCUGCCAGAUCUGUUGGUUCAGAGAGCAAUAAGUCCAAUUUUUGUCAUGGAAUAUUUUUCAGAUGCAUCUCUGGUCUGUCUUGUAGGUAUUCCUUUCUUCUUCCCUCCAAUCUCUCCCUGACAUCCAUUCUCUGUCCAACCACGAUCUCUCUGAUUGUUUGUGUUUGCUUAGGUUCUCUGGAAGGAAAUCUGGCUUGCCUGGAUGCAACUGCACCAUUUCAAUAAAGCCUUGUUGCCUGCCUGUAUACUCACUUUAUAGAAGCUUGAUUUGUGCUUUUGUCACCAGUAAAACCUCCUGGAGUUUCAAAGAUUGAGGGGAUCUCAUUGAAACAUGUCGAAAAUUGAAAGUGGAUCUGGAGAGGAUGUUUCCUAUAGUGGGGGAGUCUAGGACCAGAGGGCACAGAUAGAGUGGAUGUGGAGAGGAUGUUUCCUAUAGUGGGAGAGUCUAGGACCAGAGGGCACAGAUAGAGUGGAUGUGGAGAGGAUGUUUCCUAUAGCGGGGGAGUCUAGGACCAGAGGACACAGAUAAUGUUGAUGUGGAGAGGAUGUUUCCUAUAGUGGGGGAGUCUAGGACCAGAGGGCACAGAUAGAGUGGAUGUGGAGAGGAUGUUUCCUGUAGUGGGAGAGUCUAGGACCAGAGGGCAUAGCCCCAUAAUAGCAGGAUGUUCCUUUAGAGAUGAGGAGGAAUUCCUUUAGCCAGAGGGUGGUGAAUAUAUGGAAUUCACUGCCACAAAGAGCUGUCCGGGCCGUCACGCAAUGGGUAUAUUUAAGGCAGAGGUUGAUUGGUUCUUGUUCAGUAAGGACAACAAAGAUUACAAGCAGAAGGCAGGAGAACGAGGUUGAGAGGAAUACUAAAUCAGCAUUGAUCAAAUGGCAUAGCAGCUUCAAUGGGCUGAAUGGCCUAACUCUGCUCCUAUGUCUUGUCUCAUGGAAUUAAAUUUGCUUUCUCCAGCUAGUCUCUUAUCUUUUGUAGAUAGUGUUUCUUUGGAAUGAUGUCCUGUGCUACCUGUGUGGAGUUUGCAAUAUUUCCUGGGUGCCCUGGUUUCCUCCACAUCCCAAUGAUGCGCCAGCAGGUUAAUCAGCUAGUGUAAGUGCCCCUCUUGUGGAGAUGGAUGGUAGGAGAAUCUGAGAGGAGAGGAUGGGCUUGUGAGGAAAUGGGCAGCAAGGAAUAGGACUGAUAGAAUUGCUUUGAGAGGUGAUAUUAAUCUGAUGGCUCAAAUGGCUCCUGCUGUGAUAGUUACAAGAAUUUAAAAGUUGUGUGCCAUAUGUAUUUUAAAAGAUAAAUAAUGCAUUACCAGAAAAUGCUUGCAGUUUUCAAGGCAAUAUGAGAUUUCAAGUGGGAAAACAUUGAAAUCAAAAUGCACAACUUGUUAAAAUAUUUGCUCAAUGAUUAUUUCAGAGAUAUUUUAAAUGUGAGAGGACAAAGUAAGAUCAGCCUUCUUUAACCGUGACUUGCAGCCACCAUGACUAAUGUGCACUUAAAACUUUGUUGCUUUGAAGAUUUGACCUCAGCACUGAAAUGAUCUCAAACCCUUAAUACCUAAACUUCAUCAUGCACUGGCCAAACUGUUGGCAAAUGCGCCUGCUUCUCAUUUGUUCGGUCUGUUCUUCCAGCUGGAAAGGGCAAACAAAAAGAACCCAUUAGCCCAACAGUGGUGCCUCCUCACCCAAUCCUUCCCCAAUAGAUGAAAUGUAGUGGGGCCAGCGUCAAUUUAAAAGUUCUAUGGAAUUGAUACAUAUAUCAUCUAUUAAUUGAUAUAUGGAUAUCAAUUGAUAGAUACCUAUAAAUAUCUAUAUUGAUAGAUUUGGAAGUUUAAAAGUUUUGGAAGUUAAAAAGUAUAUGGAAAAUAUAACUGUUAGUGACCCAACUUAUACACUGUAUUUUAGGCUUAGUAAUUUUUUUUUACAGCAAAUAAUUACUGAUAUCUGGGAUUUCAUGCUUAUUUCAAGAGUAACAAAUUAUGAAGCAUAUAAUGGUAAAAUAUUUGAAGUAUGCGUUAGUCUCACGAGCCCAUGGAUCUGCACCUGGAAAGCCUAGCUUCCUCUCCUGGGCAAGGUUGUAUGGAAGACCAGCAGUUGCCCAUCCUGCAAGUCUCCCUCUCCACGCCACUGAUGUUGUCCAAGGGAAGGGCAAGGGCCAAUACAGCUUGGCACCAAUGACGUUGCAGGAGUUGCCAGAACAAGGUUGAAGGCAAUGUCAGACCGCCUUAGGGACUCCAGCUCCGGAUUUGUCCGCAGGGUUUACUCCUGAAGCCUUUCUCAUGAGUGGAGGUUUGAAAUCAGAGUUUCCAUCUCUUAGAUGGACUGCCUUCCCAGGCUGAUGAGCUCCAUCUACCCAAAAUGGUAAAAUAUAAGCCAUUGGAAUUAAUAAUAUAUUGGCUUAUAUUUACUGUGUAUAGUAAAUGUAUAUUACUGUGUAUAGUUUGAAAACCUGAAAUUAAAAAAGAAGCAACAUACACAAAAUGCUGGUGGAACGCAGCAGGCCAGGCAGCAUCUAUAGGGAGAAGUACUUAGAGAAGCUUUAAACACAAGAAAAUUAUUUUCCUAACAUUUAAUUUCUAAAAAUGGAGGUGGGGGUUGUAUGAUGUAAUGGUGCAGUAGAUUUUAUGGUCCCAUAAAUGAAAGAAAAGAGAUAAAGGUGAUUUUGCCUGUCCUAAUGUAAACUAAAUGAAACUGAACUGAAAAUGUACUAGGCCACACAUGGAUCUGAGAGUGGUUUAACUAGCUCCUUUUCCAACUGGCCAAAGUGCUUGUGUCAACAUAUACAAGCCCGGGAUUCAAUUUUUUGCGGGUAUGCUCAGUAAAUCCAAUAACUACAAUAGAACCAAUUUUGCAGUAACAGUACGGACAAACAAUCAGUGUACUAAAACAACAAACUGCAAAUAUGAAAGAAAGAAAUGAUAAUAAUAAAUAAACAAUAAAUAUUGAGAACAUGAGAUGAAGAGUCCUUGAAAGUGUCCCUGCACCUAGUGGUGUGGAUCCUGAGGCUCCUGUACCACCUUCCUGAUGGCAGCAACGGGAAGACAGCAUAGCCUGGGAGGUGGGGUUCUGAUCUCUUGUGACGACGCUCUGUGUACAUGUGCUCAAUGGUGGGGAGGGCUUUACCCGUGAUAGACUGGGCCGUAUCCACUACUCUUAUAGGAUUUUCCCUUCAAGGGCAUUAGUGUUUCCAUACCAGGCUGUGGGACAGCCAGUCAAUAUACUCUCCAUUACACACACAUUUCAAUUAUCCUGUGCAUUUUUAAACAAAAUGCAACAUGUUUGUUUUAUGUCUUAUAACUAGAGUGGUGGUCUGAUAUUUCCUCAGGUUAGUUAUUCCUAUCUAGACCGUAAGAUAUAUAGGAGCAGAAUUAAACCAUUUGACCCAUUGAGGUUUAUAGAGUUCAUUAAUUUUAAUAUUUAUGCUUUCCUUGGAGUUUUUAGACAAAGCAUCCUUCAUUUUGUUACUCAACAGUCUUGAGAAGAUUGAACAGAUUCAACUAUUUCAUUGCUGGUGAUGUGUAUAGAACUAUGAAACAUCCUAGCUACUGGAAUUAUUUGAAUACUUUGUCACUGGAUGUCCCUAGGGAAGGGUGUUGUGGAGGCAAGUGUCUCUACAGUUUGUUCAGCUCUUUGUGUGAUUAAAAUUAAAAAUUGCACUGUUGAUGUUGAAAGGGAGUGUCUUAUUUGCAAUAGAACCAUCAAGAUACUACUACUGCUCCAAAAUGUAACAAGAACAUCGAACUUUGUUUCUGUUCCAUGUAAUGUUAAAACCUUACUUGGCCUUUGCAGCUUUUGCUGAUGUCCAGGAUAAUGAACUGGGAGC